UCCGUUGCCGUCGGUCCUCGAUCCGCUCCCCAGUUAACCCACUGACCAGUAGUCGUCCAACUUGUGAGCGUAAAGGCGCGUGUGAAUCCCCCGCUUCGAUCUAAACGAGAGAGAGAGAGAGAUAGAAUUAAAUCAAGUGCAGUUUACGCUUAACAAGGACAUUCCAAAUUUAUUGCAGCAAAAAUGUUCAGAUUUCUUGCACUGACCACCUUGGUGGCAUUAGCCUCCAGCCAGCAUUAUCACCAGGACCCCAAGACGGCGGCCAUUAUCAGUGAGCAGCGUUACCUCUCCGGAGAUGGCAAGUUUGGAGCUGCCUACGAGCAGGAGGAUGGCAUUAACUUCAAGGAGGAGACGGAUGCCGAUGGUACACGUCAUGGUAGCUACAGCUAUGUGGAUCCCUCGGGCCAGAGGCGCACCAUCUCGUACACGGCGGGCAAGAAUGGCUUCCAAGCCUCCGGUGAUCACCUGCCUCAGGCACCUCCUGCCCCACCACAGCCCGUGCCCACGGCUGGCUACCAGCCACAGCAGCAGUAUCAGCCGCAGCAGUACCAGGCUCCGGCUCCCCAGGCUCAGCCCGCUUUCCGCAGCAAUGAUUAUGGCGAUGAUGGCUCCUACGAUCCCCGGUACAAUGAUCCCUCGUUCGGACAGAACCAGCAGACCUACCAGCAGCCCGCCCCGCAGCCACAGUACCGCCCAGCUCCCCAGCCCGCCUACAAUCCCCAGCCCGUUGCCCCGCAGCCUCAGUACCAGCCGCAGUAUCAGCAGCCCCAGCAGCAGCCGCAGCAGGCGUACUAUCCCACGACCACGCCCAAUCCUCAUCGCUUCUCGCCACCUGGAAAGCUUUCCCUGAACCGCACGCCCGACGGCUUCACCUACUCCUUUAACAAGGUCUAGGAUCGUCUAGGAUUUUCCUUCCACUCAGACACGAUACAUCUUUUUCAUUAGGGACCUUUCUUAUCCUUCUUCUCCAAUUUCCUUUCUUUCUACACACCAGAAAAUAUUGCCAGAAAUUAUGGGAAAAUAUUACAGAUAUCAAAGUAAUGUGACUAAGAUCAAUUUGAGAUUAUUUUAGUAUCAAAUUGAUAUUUUUUCACAUCAUUUUAGAUAUAUUUAUUGGCUCAGUAUUUUCUCUGUGUGUAUAACUUGUGCUUGACUCCAUCAAAACUCUUGUGUGAUAUGUUUAAGAGCAAAUUGUAACUAUAUAACGUACUUCCUAUAUGCGUCCUGUUUGUAAUUUAUAAUCCUACACAGAGAAAAUGAUAUGGCAUCAUCCCUGGCUUGGUGUUGCUAAUUAAAAAAAAAUUUUAAACAUUAUUUGUUUACUUUCAAAAAUGUUGGUGGACGAAAGUUCAUUCAAAAAAUAUCCUUCGGAUGAAUUUUGUAAUAUAAUUCCGAUUUCCCCCACUUUAAUUAUAAUUCUUGACGAAGUGAAGCGAAUAAACUUCGAAGAUGUUGAAUCAAUUUAUAAAUUUUAA